AUGACUUCAUACGGUGGCUUCACGAAAACCUCCUACGGCGCCCAAGGCGGCGACGACGCAGGCGGCUUCGUCUACGGCGGCUCCCAGGGCGGCUCCCAAGGCGGCGGCGGCGGCAAGGCCUACAGCGAGGAAUCCCUUCGCCCCGUUACAAUCAAGCAGGUCAUCGACGCCGAGGAGGCCUACCCGGGCGCCGACUUCAAGAUUGACGGCGCCACGGUCACCCAGGUCACCUUUGUCGCCCAGAUUCGCCAAAUCUCCCCGCAGCCCACAAACAUCACCCUCAAGCUCGACGACGGCACCGGCCUCAUCGAGGUCAAGAAGUGGGUCGACACGGACAAGAAGGACGACGCCGACGACAAGCUCGAGCUCGAAAGCCACGUCCGCGUCUGGGGCCGCCUGAAAUCCUUCAACGGCAAGCGCCACGUCGGCGCCCACUUCAUCCGCCCCGUCACCGACUUCAACGAGGUCAACUACCACCUCCUCGAGGCCACCUACGUCCACCUCUACUUCACAAAGGGUCCCCUCAACGCUGACGGCAGCGGCCCCGGGGCGAACGGCGGCGGCGGUGAGGACGGCAUGUUCGUCGAUGGUGGAGACGGGUACGGCGGUGGCGGUGCCGCGGCGGGCGGCGGGAACCCCGCGCAGGCUUCCAAGCUCAGAGGCGUCUCGGCGAGCGCGCAAAAGAUGUUCAACUUUAUCAACAACGCCCCUGGCGGCAACGAGGGCGUGCACCUGAACCAGAUCUCGAGCGGCGCAGGCUUGUCCAUGCAGGCUACGAUGAAAGCGUCGGAGGAGCUGCUCUCUGAGGGUCUGAUUUACACCACCAUCGACGACGAGACAUGGGCUAUCCUCGACUACUAA